AUGGCAGUUUCCUCUUCACCUGACUCGCACAGUGUGGUGGUCUUCUCGGGGCAGGAUGCCGAGGUCAGGAAGCUGAACCUGCGCGUCAACCGGGGGCUCUUCGCCGCCGGCGUGUGGGUGGCCCGGAACCUCACGGACAUCGACCUGAUGGCGCCGCAGCCCAGCACUUAG